AUGCAGAGAGUCCUGGAGACGCUGGGGAAGAUGGGCAGUGAAAUGGUGGAGCUGAAACAUCGGGUAUCCGAGCAAAACGACAUGAUCAGGAAGUUGAACGCCACUGUCUACAAGCAAAGCACCAUCAUUCAAGGACAGGAAGAUCUCAUCCGAGGCUUGGAGGUCCAAGUCCAGGAAUCCAAGGAAGAGUUUCAACGCAAGAGCGAUGAGCACGACGCGGAAUUAAAACGGGGACAUCGGGAUCUUCAGAGAGAGGUUGCCGCUGUGAAAGAGCAAUUGGCCCAGCUCACGCAGAACCUGAAUGCUUCGGGGGAGGUGACUCUGUCGAGCGGCACUCGAGCAACGUUUGCCGACAUUGCGCGUACACUGCCAGCGAGCCCGCCGACCAGUCUAUCCAGCGUAGCUGUCCCAAGAAAGCAGCAGACAGCCAGCGAUCCUCUCCACUGUACCAUCGACACAUCUCGCGUCAGCGAGUCGAAGAAGAACAACGCGCAAAUCGGAUCAAUUCGCCAGGCCAUCGAGACUGAGAUGAGAGCGAUGAACGGACAAGAGACCUGGAGAGACGAAGCCGAGCUUCAGAUGGUCAAAGAGGCUGCGCAGAAGACAGCCGUGGAAGGUUCGCGAGUUAUGCGAGACCAGCUGUAUCCGGUCCGAGUCGACAACGCCAACCGCACAGCAAUCCUGACGCGGAAGAUUUCCUGGUUGAGCAAACGAGAGUCUGGCAAAGCGUACGGAUCCAUGGUGGUGUAUGUCACCAAGAAACGCGACGCAGAAAGGCUUCUGGAAGGGUACUACUUUGACCUAGCGGGAGAGUCAGCCACCACCUAUGUAUUCGAGCCAAGAACGGGACCAAUCCAAUGCUUCAACUGCCAGGAGAUCGGUCACAAAGCAUAUUCAUGCAAGAAACAGCGGACAUGCGGCAAGUGCGCAAACGUUGGGCAUCACCACCGGGAAUGCACCGCGAUUGAACCAAAAUGUGUCCCGUUGAUGCUUGAGUCCCUCCGCAUCCUACAGCUGAAUGCACACAAGAGUGAUGUGGUGCAGCAGAGUCUGAUGAACGACGAAGACCUAAAGGAUUUUGCCGCACUGGCUAUAUCUGAGCCACAUGCGCGCAAUAUCGACGGAAAGGUGGUGACGAGUCCUACGGGACACCAUAACUGGACAAAGAUGAUACCGACGUGUGUUCGUGAUGGCCUAUGGCCGAUUCGCAGCAUGCUCUGGAUCCGAAAACUAUUGCGCGACGUGAUCGAUCGCUUCCGCAAUGGGACAGGGAGACGUACCGAUGUGGUUUUGGCGGGGGACUUCAACCGCCACGACCUCCUCUGGGGCGGAGAUGAAGUGUCAGCGAGCAGACAAGGGGAGGGCCAGCCCAUCAUUGACCUGAUGGACGACUUUGGUCUUAGCAGCCUUCUCCCGAGAGGAACGAAAACGUGGCAAAGGUCGGACGAGGAGAGCACCAUCGACUUGGUGCUGGCAUCGGCGGAACUGGCGGACGAGUUGACAUCCUGCGUGAUUCAUCCAACAGAGCACGGAUCAGACCAUAGAGCGAUCCAGACGACCUUCGACAUUCGAGUGCCGGAGCGUACCUUUCCGCAGCGCCUGAUGCUCAAGAACGCGCCGUGGAUCGCCAUCGCAACCAGGGUCGAGGACGAGCUUCGGCCUCUUCCGUGGACUGUGGGGGUGCAGACGCAGGCGGAUCAGCUCAUGCGGGUGGUCACCAAGGCGCUUCGAGAUCUGACUCCUCGAGCCCAGCCGCCGCCAUACGCGAAGCGAUGGUGGACAAAGGACCUGACGCGACUCCGUCGGACGUACACGUAUUGGCGCAAUCAACGCGCCAAGGAGGCUGCGAAGGAGUACCACGACAAUUUGCGGAGACAAAAGAAGGCCCAUUGGGAUGACUUCGUCAUCGAAGGGAGCAACAUCUGGAGGGCUGCCAAGUAUCUGAAGCCUGGUACGGAGAUGACGGAUGACAAGGUGCCCCCGCUGAAGAGAGCCGACGGUUCGAUCACCGAAAGCAAGGGCGAGCAAGCCGAGGAACUCCUGAGCACCUUCUUUCCGCCUCUGCCAACGAGGAUCGAGCCGGAGGGUGAACGUCCGCAGAGAGAAGAAAUAGCCAUGCCAGACCUCACCUUGCAAGAGAUUGAGGAGAAGGUGAUGGCGGCGAAGCCCUGGAAAGCGCCUGGUGAGGAUGGCCUUCCUGCGAUCGUGUGGAAGAAGCUCUGGCACGUGGUCAAGCACCGGAUCAUCCCUCUGAGGAAACCAGAUAAAGGAGACUACACCCUGGCCAAGGCGUGGCGACCGAUUUCUCUCCUGUCGACGCUUGGCAAGAUUCUGGAGGCAGUCGUCGCGGAACGUAUCAGCUAUGCAGUCGAGGCUCAAGGGCUUUUGCCCGCGAACCACUUUGGUGCACGGAAGCGCAGGUCCGCAGAUCAAGCACUCGUGCUUCUGCAGGAGCGAAUCUACAAGGCCUGGAGAACGGGCAGAGUGCUCAGCCUCAUCAGCUUUGACGUCAAAGGCGCAUACAACGGAGUGUGCAAAGAGCGAAUGCUCGAAAGGAUGAAAGCCCGAGGCAUCCCGAACCUGGUGCAAAGACGGAUCAGUAAUAACGGUGGCUCCAUCGCCUUCGUGGACGAUUACUCUGCCUGGGUCACGGGGCCAACGGCAGAGUCAAACAGAGAUGAGAAGACAUCCUUCAUCCACUUCACACGCAUCGCGGAGCGUGACAGCGACCUGCCUCUCAUCAUCAAAGGAAACGAUGUCAAGCCGAAGAGCAACGUGAAGCUGUUGGGAGUCAUCAUGGACAAAGCGCUUCGCUUCAAGGAACACAUCGCCAGAGCGGCCGCCAAGGGGCUGGCCGCGGCCAUGUGUUUGAAACGACUGAAGAUGGCUUCGCCACGGAUGGCGAGGCAACUGUUCGUCGCGACCGUGGCGCCAGCCAUGGACUAUGCCUCAAACGCUGUCACGGGAGGCUUCCGCACGGUGGCAACGGCAGUGGCCGAGGCCGAGGCCGGCGUGCAAUCGUUCCGAGAACGGCUCAAACUGAACAGGAGGUAUGCGUCGCCAAUGCAGAAGCUCGCCUCGGCGAUGGGAAGAAUAGAUACCAAGCGCCUGGAAGUCAUCCACGAGUUCGCACUGGCGCCGUGGGACGAACGAGUGCAGGCAACGGAUGAGACAGACCGAGUGGAGGUGCUGAAGUCGGAUGACCCGGAGGACAUCACUAUUGCGACGUCCAGCUCGCAAAGGAAAGGCAAGGUCGGGUUGGGAGGCGUCGUUCGGGAUGCUUCCCGCGACAGCGUAGACGAAGUGCUGGCCAGCUACUCCGUCACUCUCGGCUCCAGUGAUGAGCAGAAUGCCUACACAGCAGGACUCGAGGCAAUCGCCACGGCUCUGAGUCAUCGGGCGGCCACGGCAACAGUCUGGUCAGUGCACGAUACGGGCGAUAUACGGAUCUGUUGA